GCUUACCACCUGUCUGGUCAUCUGGCUUCGAUCAAGGUCAAGAGUGGUGAAAAAACAUGCACUGUUCAAUUCCUAUGCACUGAACCUCUUGGGUGGAGCGGCUUGGACCGCCUCAGGUGUGUAUGUUCAUCUCUUCGAGCCGCUGCCGCAGGAGCCAACGAUUAUGUGGCAGAUUUUCCUCAACAUGGGUGCCACCACUCCUUUUCUUUUCCCACUGGUGGUGCGAGAUGCCUUCUACAGGGACACCAUCUCGUCUAGUGCUGCAAGACUGCAGGACAUCAGUGCUGCAGUUUGUGCCCUGUUGUAUGCAUUGCUUGCCUGGGGAAGCUUCGAUCUGGCUGGAAGGAAGCUCCCUCCGAUCCCUGUUUCGCCGUGGCAUGCGAUCGACGGGCGCAGCUAUGCUGGAGCAGCUUUCGGUGUCAAGUUCGACCUGUUGUCAUCGAUGCCGUCCGCGCGGUCGGAUUCGCAGUUUGUGCUCAGCGCCCUCUUCAUGGCCUCCAAUGCUCUCAGUUCUUUGUUGCUCCUGAAUGUCUGCUACAACCGUGCCAAGGACCUUACGACGGCUCAGCAACGUGCGGCACGUGUUCUUGCUGUUUUUGUUUUUGCCAUGCUCGCAAACUGCCACCUGUUGGCGGUCCUGGUUGCUGGAGGAUAUGGCCCGGCGUUGCCGCUGGACAUCUUCCACGUCCUACAAGGUCUGAUCAUCGGCAUCUGCUUCAAUCAGCUACGAGAGGUACUUGUUGAGGACAGGGCAAAGGAAGCGUAG